CGGUAGGAAGGCCGCGAUGACUCAGCCGCGCCGCGCCCCUUGCCGGCUCCGGGGAGGGGGCCGGCCUCUCCCGAGAUCCCCUCCGGGUCCUGUUCUAGCUCUUUCCCUGGCUACUUGGUCCAGCACAGGCUACUGAACCCAUUUCACAGACGGGGAAGCCGAGGCCUCGGAGGGGGGUCCCUCCAGGUGCGAGCGGGAGGUGGCCAGGUUGGGAGGGCGCGAGGGCAUCCCCAAGGACCAGCGCCCCGGCGGACGGCGACCCUCCCUUCCCCCCAGGAGCCCUGAGGCCGCAGAGACCGACUUCGGGGCGCGCGGAGGGUUGGGGGGUGUCCCGGGGAUGAGUCAAGGCUGGCGGAGACCACGCGCGGGCGUCGAGGGGCAGCCAGGACCUGACGCGCAGGGGUCAGGGCCCGAGAGACCAGAGACCGAGCUGAUCGAGGGGGCGCGGCUGGGGCCAAGGGGGCGGAGGCCUAGGGGAGUGGCUGCGCCCCGAGGGGCGGGGUCGGUGGCCCGAGGGGGCGGGGCCGGCCGCGGGUGGGGCCGCUCUAAAGGCCGCUCGCCAGGGUCGCGGCGGGCACAGCCGCCGCCGCCGCCGCCGCCAUGAAGACCCCCGGCGAGGUGCUGCGCGAGGGCGAGCUGGAGAAGCGCAGCGACAGCCUGUUCCAGCUCUGGAAGAAGAAGCGCGGCGUGCUGACCCCCGACCGCCUGCGCCUCUUCCCCGCCGGCCCCGGCGCGCGCCCCAAGGACCUGCGCUUCCACUCCAUCCUCAAGGUGGACUGCGUGGAGCGCACGGGCAAGUACGUCUACUUCACCAUCGUCACCACCGACCGCAAGGAGAUCGACUUCCGCUGCGCGGGCGAGAGCUGCUGGAACGCGGCCAUCACGCUGGCGCUCAUCGACUUCCAGAACCGCCGCGCGCUCGAGGGCUUCCGCGGCCGGCAGGAGCGCGCCGCGCCCGCCACGCAGCCCGACGCGCGGGCGGCCCGCGCGCCCUGAGCCGCCGAGCCGCACGCAGGACGAAGCAGGCCCGACUGGCGGCGUGGCCACGACGGGCAGGAGCCCCGGGGACGCCCGCUCGCUCGGCUGGAGCCCGAGGCGGCUGCGCCCCCGCCCCGCGGACCGGGACCUUGGCGCGCGCGCCGGGCGCGGGCGCGUUAACUUAUUGCACGCUCCGGGUAUUUAUUGUAACGGCUGUUUGUCGUCAAAGCGUUCUUAAUAUUUUGUUUUUGCACCGCUGUGUCCGACCCGAAUAAAGGACUGUUUUUUUCUA